CACGAGCAGGCGGCAGUUCUCUUCUAGCAUUCAACGCGAUCGGUCAGGUUGUGGUCUUUAACGGGAGUGUCGGGCACCCUCCACAGAACGUAUCCCUGCACAUACACAAAUCAAAUUGUUCAACUCGAUUUUAUUUCACGCUACGUUACCAUCGUAUCACUCAGUGGACAGCACAAGAAACAGAAUCAGUAUCGUGCAUAAAAUUUGUUGUUGUUCUGUUCCAUACUAAGCAUUGCCCGGUACAGAGCAGAAUAUGUUGCGUUGGUUGAGAGGAUAGCUUUUCACUCUUUGAGGUAGUUCGUUUAAAUUGGAAUUAUUAAUCAAUCAACAUGAAACUUCUGCUGGUGGUGCUUUCAGUGGUUUCCCUUUUCGGUCACUGCCACGUAGCUCCCGCAUUCGGCGAUGCAUUCCAACUAGGUACCGAGCAAAGCUUCAGCUACCUGAGUGAAGUUCGUACAGGAAGCGCAAGAAAUGCAUCACAUACGGUUGGGUACAUCGUUCGCGCCAAAAUCCACGUGGCCACCAUGUGGGGCGACGAUGAGCAUAAACUACUACGACUGAAGAUUGAAAGUCCCACACUGCUCACGACUCCAGGAGACAUUAGACACAGAACGACCCUUUCAGGCGUGGGCUCCACUUCGUUCUACAUCUACUGGAACCUUGGUCAGGUGAAAAAGUUUUUCACUAGCAAAAACGAUGAUGCUACCCUGACUAAUUUCAAAAAGGGAGUAGCGUCGCUAUUCCAGUAUCAACUCCUGGACGGUAAAUACGUUGAGGAAGACCCGUCGGGAAUAUGUGACGUACAGUAUACGUCCCAUUCCUCGACUCGAUAUCACAAGGCGAAAAAUAACUGCCAAUUUUCUGGUGAUCGUUUCGAACGAACUGAAUACCCGUUAAGAAGUUUGAUCAGGACGUCACGCAGUGUUGAUUUCACUGUGAGCACUGAAGGCUCACUGGAGAAGGUUGUGGCGCAAGACUACUUGAAGUACCUGGUCAAUGCGUAUGAUAAUUUUGGGGCUUUUGUGGAAUCGGUUACCAGAUUGGAAAUUGAGGGUAGCUCCAAAAAUGUGGAUACGGUUUCGGGCAAAACGGUCGAUGAUGCAAUGAAAUCAUUUGAUGUAUACGAACAAACACUGUCAUCGGAGAAAUAUGAACCAAAAUGUGAUGGAGGUAACUGUGACACUCUUGUAAAACUGAUCAAAACCCUGAAAAAGAGUCUGACCAACGACCACAUUGGCAAACAGGACUCAUCCAGUGCCUUACUCAAACUAGUUCAGCUUGGCCGCGCAACUUCAGCCGAAGAUUUCCUCCGCAUUCUGAAGGCUAAAACUAUGCACGAUCAGAAAGCCCAACUGUUGGACUUGUUGGGUGCUGUUCAAACAACGGAAUCUCACGAAGCCGCUAAGAGUGUUCUGGUCUACGAGUCAGACGUGGACAUGUUCCUGGCCGAACGCUAUCUGCAAGCACUAGCUGUCGGAAGUCGUCCCAAGAGGGCGGUUAUCGAAGAUUUGCUAGCGAUGGCGGAAAAUAAACCAAAAGAUCAAAAGUUUUACGAUACACUGGUGCAGACAGUAGCCUCCAUGGGACACCGUUUCGCUAAGCUGCCAGGUAACUCGUUCGAUACAGAUGUGGUGGAGAACGUGAAAGACUAUCUGCUUCGACAAUUGAACUCGUGCGCGAAGGAUAAGUGUAAGCAGCAAUUCAUUCGAGGAUUGCACAAUCUCAAAUCGCCAAAGACGCUGAAUGCUCUGGUGAAACUAGCGCUGGAAGGAAGUGCGAAGGUUAGUGUGUCCGCGAUGAAAGCUCUUCGAUCGUUUUCUGUGUUUCUGUGGAACGACGACUUCAGAGCCACAUUCGAGGAUAUCUUCUUUCAAGUUUCGAAAAAGUUCGACUCCAGUGCCCGUGCGUUAGCUUUGGACAUCCUUCUGGACAUCAAGCCGGAUUUUGAAGAGCUGACACAUCUAGUACAGCUUCUUAAAUCCAACGACAAAGCUUACGAGGUGAAGCAGUAUCUUCUACAGAAGCUUCGAAUGAUGGCUGAUCGUUGCCCGGAUUUUGCGGAAAUGUUACGAAGAAUCAUGCAAAGAGAUGCAAAGUUGAAUAACUAUCAUGUCAUCGGAGCCAAAGGUCUAUCUACUGCGUUAACACGGACUUACUCUACCGUACCCUCGUUUAAUGCGACACUGGAAUCACUACAGGAGAUGAGUGGAGGUGUGCUGAAACGAGGUGUUGUAGAUUUAGCUCUGGAAGUUGGUGAAGAAAGAUUCAGUAUGUUCACUUUGGGCCUUUUCGCCGGAGGUCUUUCUUCUUUCGUCAGCAGCGGGGACAGCGAGGAUAACGAAGACGAUUCAGAUUCCAUCGCCGGAAUGGAGCUAGCAGUGCAGGGGUCUGUCUUGCGACCACUGGUAUUUUUCGAUGGAAAAGGUGAACUUAUGGGACAUGUUUGGAGUGGAACCGCCUCGGAGCCAACUCCAGCCUAUCAAGCGACAACGUUGCUUCAGGAUAACGAGGAAAUAUUUCCACUCCAGAAUGGGGGUAUCGUCAAGCUGAGUACGAUGGGUGCUAUUUCGAUUGAUUUGAACGGACAGGUUACCAUGAGCCUUUGGGGUCGAAACGCACAUUCCAAGGUGGAACAAAACACUGGCAUUGCUGUGACUGGCCGCCUUUCGUUGGACACCACAUUUGUAUCGCUCAGAGUAGAUUUUGAAGUCGAACAGGAGCCACAGCUGCAUUUGACCUCGGAUUUAAAUUUUUCAUCAGAUCCAAUUCUCUGUAUGCAGUUGAUGCAACCAAACAGCAUCCUUACCCAAAAGGUAGUAAAAACAAUCACCGUUCCAGGGGUCAAAUACCGCAAGCGUCAAACCACAAAAAUGUCACACAAAGUUUCCGGCUGUACGCACGCACUAAACCAGAAGAACAACGACAUGUGCAACCUGAUUGCCAAAAGCUGAUCCAGGCCAAAAAAGAGCUGGUAUCAGAAUACCAGCGCUACCAUUUUACUUCCAAAAAUUACCGUUUAGAAACAGGACAACUGAUGGAAUUGAAAAAUAUUGAUGACGCGACGAAAGACGCAGAUGUUGUACAGUUGACUUAAUGUUGCUAAUAGUUGGUUAACUAAUAAAACAUAGAUUAUUCCUAUGAUAGGAAUGAAUAUUA